GAAACAAUGGUUUCUACCACGCUUCCUAGCGACAUCUCCGAUCGUCUGACGGAAGCGGUCGCCAAGUUCGAAACUCCCAAGGAGGUGAUGAUUAAGGUUAAGGACGACUUCCUGGAGGAGAUGAAGCUCGGUUGGGAGGCCGGUCAGGGUGCUGGUGCCCCUUCUGAGGCAUCUAGCGUCAAGAUGCUUACCUCUCACAUUAAUGUGCUCCCUCGUGGUCAUGAGGCUGGCAUCUACUACGCCCUUGAUCUUGGUGGAACCAAUUUGAGAGUUCUACGUGUUGUGCUUAGCACCGAGAAGCAACCUGAGAUUGCCGAGAACAGGAAACCCAUCCCUCAUGAUGUUAUGGGUGGCACUGCUGAGGAUCUCUUCGGAUUCAUUGCUGCCACUGCUAAGGAGCUCACUGAUAAAUUCCAUGAUGACGAUCUUAUGCCUGCUGGUUUCACAUUCUCUUUCCCCAUGAGCCAGUCUGCUAUAAACCAUGGCAAGUUGAUCGAGUGGACUAAGGGUUUCUCUGCUACUGGUGUUGUUGGUGAGGACCCUGCUACGUUGCUCAACAAGGCCUUCGAGGAGCAGGGUGUUCCGAUCUACGUCGCUGCUCUGUGUAACGAUACUGUGGGAACUCUCAUGACUUGCUCCUAUGAGUUCGAGGGUUGUGGUACUUGCCGUGUUGGUAUGAUCAUUGGUACUGGUACCAAUGCUGCUUACUCUGACCCUACUCUUGGCAACUUGGUCGUCAACACUGAGUGGGGUGGAUACAACUUCAAGGAGGUUCCCUCUGUUCUUAACUGCUAUGAUGAGGCUGUAGACAAGGCUUCCCCCAACAUGGGUAAGCAGUACUUUGAGAAGACCAUCUCCGGUAUGUACUUGGGCGAAUUGACUCGUUUGGCCACCCGUGAUGUCCUCAAGGGCUACUCAGCUCACUUGCCUGACUUCCUCAACGAGUCGGGUCUCGAUACGAAGUACGUGUGCGCCGCAUUGGAAGGGGAGAACCUCGGUUGCGAUGAUGAGGUUAUUAUGACAGUCUUCCGUGGUAUUGGUGAAGCUGUUCUUGAGCGUAGCGCUCGUCUCUGUGCCUCUGCUCUUUCGGCUGUUGCUCAGAAGUGCGAUAUCAUGGACAAUGAGAAGCGUCACAUGCGUGAGGUUUGCAUUGUUCAUGGAAUGCCUAGGUCUUUGACUAUUGGUGUUGAUGGUUCCCUAUAUCAGAAGGGUUAUCGCUAUCCUCAGCGUUUGGAUGAUGCCUUUGCUAUGAUCAUCGGCAAGUCGGCCGCUUCGUUAGUGCAUACAGUCCACAGCAGUGAUGGCUCUGGUGUUGGUGCUGCUCUUGUAGCCGCUGCCGUCUCUCGUUAA